AUGAGCAAAGACCUGCAGCGAGAUUUUGUCCUAUUAAUGGAGCUGGAACGGGGACGAUUCGGCACUGUCUAUAAGUGCGCUUCCCGGAGCAACGCCGACGAUUUGUUCGCCGUGAAAUCCAUCGACAAACUUGUGGUCGGGGCCGGCGACUUUCUGGACGCCCAAUGCCUCUCCAACGAGGCCAAGAUCGUCCAGCUCCUCCACCCUCACCCUAACAUCGUCAUCCUCCACAAGGUCUACGAGGACGACACCCACCUCCACAUGCUCUUCGAACUCUGCGACGGCGCCGAUCUCCACCGAAUGCUCCGACGCUUUGCACAAGGCACUAUUGUCAUACCCGAAUCAGAGGCCUGUCGGAUAAUGCGUCAGCUCAUGCAAGCCGUGUCCCACUGCCACCGCGUCGGCGUGGCUCACCGCGAUAUCAAGCCCGAGAAUAUAAUGUUCGCGGGCCAGCAGGGCCGGCUCAAGCUGGCCGACUUCGGGUCGGCUGAGUUUUUCAAGAAGGGGGAGCUGAUGAGCGGGGUGGUUGGUACGCCGUACUACGUGGCGCCGGAGGUGGUGGCCGGCAGAGAGUACAGCGAGAAAGUGGACGUGUGGAGCAGCGGUGUGAUACUGUACAUGAUGUUAUCAGGGAAUCCGCCGUUCGACGGCGAAACCGAGGUGGAGAUUUUUGAGGCUGUUCUUAGAGGUAACUUGAGAUUCCCUAGACAGUAUUUUGAGUCGGUGUCGCGAGAGGCCAAGGAUCUGCUCAGAAGAAUGCUCUGCAAAGACAACUGCAGAAGGAUAUCGGCUGAGGAAGUUCUGAGGCAUCCUUGGUUCACCAUUGCAGAGAAACGUGAGUAAGAUUACACCCAAAAAGCUGUGUAUUCAUUUUGGGAGCGGUUCAUCUUCACUAUAUACACUUCGAUUUGUACGUAUACUGUAAAUUAAGUCGAUGUGGUGAAAUAAAGCGAGACUCAUUUUGCCCCAGUGUUAUCUCUAUAGCUCUCUUCGAUCCCCUUUGUGAAUAU